AUGUCAAACAAUGGUGGCGCUGCUGGCAUCGUCUCCAAUCCUACGCCGCCGCAAGGUCAACCAUUUCAGCAGCCAUCCUUCAACCCAGCGUCGGUCGUACCGGCGAAGAGACCGCAUGAUGGCAUGUCCGGCUCUCCUACGCAAGGACAACCUCAGCAGUUACCUCCUGGAUCGCGCGCACAGACGCCAUCCUCGUAUAAUCAAUUCCAAGGAGGACAACAGCCGAAUAUGGGACAAUUCGCCAAUGCGCCCACACCAUACCAGCACCUGCAGCAGCCCGGCUCGAACAAUGCAACCCCAUCACCGACGAUGCAGAGUCAACCCUUUAGGCCACCGGGCCAGCAACCACAGCAGCAACAACCCCAACCUCAACCUCAACAACAACAGCAGCAGCAGCAGCAGCAGCAAGGACAACAGCCACGCAUCAACACUGCCUCGCCGAGUCCAUUCCCUCAGCAACAAAUGAACUACGGUAACCAGAUGUCUCCUUUGCCACCGACGCCGACCCAGCAGAAUAUGAUGCAACAGCAGCAAGGUCAGAUGGGCGCGUUCCCGCAACAAGGAUACGGAAUGGCGGGCCCGGGCAUGACUGCGCAGGCGAUGCAGUCCAUGCAGAUGCGCAUGCCUAAUGCCGCCGCGAACAUGACACCGGAGCAGCGCGCAUAUCAAAUGCAGCUCAUGCAGAAGCAGCAACAGAUGCGCAACUCUGGCAUGAUGCCUUCUCGUAAUGUCGCAGCACCACAAUCAGGUCCCAUGGGCCAAUUUCCAGGACAGCAGCCGGCUCCAUCGCAAGCAGCCAACGGCGUGCCAGGAAACCAAACUGCAUUGACGCCUCAACAACAGCAACAUCGUCAAAUGCAUGACCAGAAACGGCGACAAUUCUUGCAGGCGUUGACACAGAUGGCUCAGCAGCAAGGGCGGCAAUUCAACCCUUUGCCUAACAUCGGGGGCAAGCAGGUUGACCUUUAUGCUCUUUGGUCAGCGGUGGUAUCGACAGGAGGAUCUCAGAAAAUUGAAGCGGGUCGCCAGUGGCCCAUGAUGGCGAUGCGUUUGGGCUUCAAUCAAGCACAAUAUCCUACCGCAGGCGAUGAAUUGAAGCAGUUGUAUAUGACUGGCAUAUACUCUUAUGAGCAACUAUGGUUUCAGUCCAAGAGAGUACAAGAUCCUGCGCGACAAAAUCAGCAGCAGGUGCCAGGAGGCGCCGCACCGGCUCUCCAGCAAGGGCAGCAGCAACAACCACAGCAGCCACAGCAGCAGCCACAACAAUCACCCAUCAAGACGACUGCUACUGCAACUGGCAACCAGCCCUUCCAACAGUAUCCACCGAGUCAGCAAAAUCAAUUACCACAUCCGCAAUCAACGCCAGUGCAGAGCAAUGCUUCACUCGCUGUAAAUGGGUUGACAACACCACAGCAAAUGAUGACUGGUCCAGGCAGUCUCCAGCACCGACGGGGCAGCAGUCUUAGAAAGACUGAUCAGCUUACACCGCAACCCGAGCUCCAUCCCAAUUCCGCUGCCAUUGCCGCCGCAACUGCCGCCGCUGCCAAUUCUCCCCUGCAAUCACAACAUCUUCAACGACCUCCGUCCGUAAAACGCGAGUCACUUCCUGGCGACAAUGCUUCUGGUGUUGUAAUGGGUGGUCCUCUCAUGAAGUCUGAAGAACUGCCCCUUAGCACCAACUACCUCCCUCAGUCUCAUCACCUUCUCAAUCCGACCAAUCCCUCAUACGGUGGCUAUGACAUUCCGGCACUGGACGCUGUGGCCUCGACGAUUGUUCGGGCCACACCGCCAUCGCCAGCUGUUGAGGAUCUCGCUUAUGUAGACAUUCGUGGGCUCACCAUGGGGCUUGCCUCCGGUAUCCACACCGAGGUUCGCUAUGCCCUCGAUGCUCUCGCGGUGCUCAGCAAUGAUCAGCGCAUCGCUUUGAACCUGGACGGCUGUGAGGAGUUGCUCGAUGCCCUGGUUGAUUGUGGAGAGGGCGAAUUGGAAAUUCUCCUGCAAGCCUUUUCGACGUCACCGACCUCCGAUGAUUCAUUGCCCAGCUACGAAGCCCUACUCCGUGGCUCCAAGCUUGAGUCGUUCUCUCUUUUGCCUACAUCAACUUCAGCGAAAGGCACAUUCGCCUCAACGCCGUCGCUCGGCACUGCUGAUUACACACUGGAUCGUGCAGCCGAAAAGAUCAUUGCCAUUACUACGAUUCUUCGAAACUUUUCGUUCUACGAAGUCAAUCAUCGUCUUCUAACGGACGAGGCAGUCGUUUCUUGGUUCGCAAAGGUCAUCGAGGGAAUUUCGCUGAGGAGAAAGUCAGGCGAGGAGGACGCACCAUUAUUCCUUCGGUCAUUCUUCAACACCCAAGAUUUUUACAAGGAUGCCAUCAUUUUCUUGAGCAAUGUCACUCAGAGCCUGGAACUGCCAAACAAAGAUGUCGCUCGUAAGAUUUUGUUGUUCUUGUUGGCCUUUGCGCCGGAAUACAAAGCUGACUCUCCAAUGUCAAGACCACGGAAGUCUCUAGUCUUCCCCAGCUUCAACCCUUCUGUUCAUCGCUACCUACCUCCUGCCGUGGACUGCCUUGCCAAGCUGCUCGCACGUCAAGAACCAAACCGCGAGCUAUACAGACAAAUCUUUCACUUCAACACUUCCUCCGCAUAUCAACGACCCACAAACCAGCAACACCCUCUCGACUUGCUAACUCGCUCUUUCGCUUUGGCAGUCUCUGUGUUGCCUGAUCGCACGCAAAACUCUUCCGCAUCAGCGGCUGCCGCCGCCGCCGCUAUUAGUGACGCCGAUGCUGGUAGCAUCGGAAGUAUUGCGCCGUCCAAUAUUCAGCAGCGAAUCGUUGAGGCGAGGAAGGCCUAUCUCGCGCAGGGUAUGCUAGCUGCGGAUAUUCUCUCAAGCUUAGCUCCCGCACCCUCAUCGAACGCUUCUUCCAGCACAGCGGGAGCAAACAACAUGGCCACGUCUUCCAGUGGCGGAGCCCUUGCUCGUGCGUGGCUCCAAAGCGAAGACGGCUGGGCUGUCGGAUUGGUCAAGCUUGCGGGCGCUGCAGCAAACCUCGGUGGGCCGGAUGGUUCUGGAGCCGUGGCUGCCAUGAAUAUCGACCCGGAAAGCUCCAAAUUAAUCACAUUCCGCGCAUUGAGCAUGUUGAAAAGAUUGGUCGGUCGGGCAGGCACUAGCGAGAAGAAGAUUGAUGAUUUACCUGCCUCCAGCCCGACAUUCCCGACUUCCACAUCGUCGACAGCGAGGACCGCUCCAUCUGCUUUCGUCCGCCCCAAAUGGGAGGGCAUGCCUUUCGCGCACGCCAUCCUCGGUGCCGUGACGCAACCACAGGUAGACAAAGUCGCCUUGGGCCUCCUUUGCGAUUUGCACGAGAUCGUGCUUGCUUGA